UAAUUAAAGAAGAAGCGAACACAAAGCUAUCAAGUAAUACAGUGGGUGAUCAUUAUAAAUUGACACAUAUCGUUAAAAAGUAUGUUCAUCGCAUCCUCCAUAUGACACCAAAUGAGACACUUGCCUCCAACACUCUCGUAAGCUUGGUUAUAUGACUCUUGGACGCGCCCCACGCGCCCCUCUUUUUUCUCUCAAAUUACGCGACCAAUUUCGUUCUCCUUCACCUUCGCCGAUCUCGGCAUUGGCUCCCUCCAGCCGCUAUGGCUAAAAAGAAAUCCAAAACACCUCCCCGCAGUCUCCCUACUGGACCUGUCAAUUCUCUUUUACCAAACCCAUCUAUAGUACCGCCUGAUUCGUCGAAAUCAGCUGGCUGCUCUUCCUCUCUUUCUAGAUCUGAGAAGUUACCUGAGUCCAACAAAGACAUCGGCUAACUCAGUAGAAUCUGUACCCAGCGCGCCUCCUGCGGUGGCGGCAUUGGCUACCGAAAAUCCUACCCCUACUGCUCCAAUUCCGGUAGUCAACCUGUUGGCGACAACCACUGGCACCAGUCACGAACCGACUAGCGGAACCCCACCCCCUGGUUUACCACCGGCUGUAGCGACCACAACGAUUCCCCUUCCACCUGUCAAGCAAAGCGUGCAAGGGGCCGAUUCUCCUUGGAAGAACCUCGUCAAUGGUAACCAAAUCAAACUGGAGAAGAAGGGUACCCCAUUCAUCCUUGACUCCGGUGAAGCCUGUGUGACAAUUCCGAACUCCGUCAUUGAAAAGAAAAAGAAAGCUUGGGAUAGCUUUAUCCUUGGUCAAUUCUAUGAAGAUCCUCCUUCCCGUGGUGCAGUUCAAGCUAUUGUUAAUGAUAUUUGGAGUCGCCAGAGAAAAUAUAUCUCAGUCUCCAAAAUGGAAGGGAAUUAGUUCCUCUUUAGAGUCCUAUGCCUAAAUACCCGCUGACGAAUUCUGAGCCAAAGCCUUUGGCAAAUUGACAGUCAAUCAAUGUUUGUAGCCAAAUGGUCUCCAGAAGUCCAAACAACAAAACCAGAGCUGUCCAUGGUCCCGGUAUGGCUUGAAUUUGUGGGUGUCCCUUUGCAAUUUUUCAAUCGUGAGGGCCUUGAGCACAUAGCAGGACUCGUCGGGCACCCUGUUUGCCUCUACCCGCAUACUGAGAAUCUGAUCAACGUUGAAGUAGCCAAGGUCUAUACUGUCAUCGAUCCGAGGAUACCACUCCCAGAGGCAGUAAAUGCUCAUUUCGAAUCCGGGCUGAUAAAACGGAUACAAGUUUCUAGUCCCUGGUUGCCCUCUCUCUGUAACCAUUGCAAACAGGUGGGCCAUACUGUAUCUCGCUGCUCCAAAGCGCCUGCUACAUGCACCACCUGUGGCUCAGUCAAACAUCUCACUGCAGACUGUCCUAGGGUGAAGAAAGACAAGCGACAGGAGAAACAAUCUAUUGCUAGCCAACUACCUAUCGUUGGUACAAAUCCUCCUGCACCUGCACAAGGACAAAACCAGGCACUCCCCUCACCACAAUCUACUCAACCACUUAUUAUAGCAUCCUCUCCGCUGGACUCUGCUGUAUCUACGGGUACAAACUUCCUUGCGGCAACCAAUGCUACCUCAAGUACGGGGAACAGACAUCAUGUCACCCUCCCAGCCCCCUCAGUGGUAGGACAUUCUCCCUCACGUACUGCUUUGAGGCUUGAUGAAAGGCAGCUUUGCAUUGACUUGAGGGAUAACCUGUUCUCUCAUCUAUCACCGAAGGACGAUGAAACGGCUGAUGAUCCCUCUCAAAUCAAAUCUGACAGCUCUAACAACCUAUCUGAGGACGAUGACAAUCCAGAAGUGGAUGAGGACCGUUUUUUGAAGGUCGUGUCCAAACGGAUGCAGAGGCACAAGCUGCGUAAGGAAAGGGCCGGAGGUCCCAUAAACCUCUAACCCCCAUAUCCAUUUAUGAAUAUUUUUUGUUGGAAUGUAAGAGGUCUUAAUGACCAUGUAAAGCGGAAAAGCAUUCGGAAAUGGCUGAAACUACACCAGCCGCUUUUUGGUGGGAUUCUUGAAACCCAUGUAAGUCCCCUGAACGCGUAAGCUAUAGUAACUAGCGUACUUCCAGGUUGGUAUUUUGUAAAUAACUAUGAGUUCUCAGAACUUGGGAGGAUAUGGAUUGUCUGGCACCCUUCUGUUCAAGUUACCAUUAUCCGCAAAUCUCUGCAGAUGAUCACUUGUCAGAUUAAGCUGUCUUUUGUCUAUCACAACAUUCUUGUCUCUAUAGUCUAUGCCUCGUCUACUUGUGCCUCUGCCAGGAAGGAACUAUGGGAGGAGAUCGAUGACACAGCAUCUGCUACCUCUGCUAUUCCCUGGACUGUUCUAGGGGAUUUCAAUCAAACGUUGUUUCCACAUGAGCACUCCUCGCAAGAUGCAAACCUCACUACUUCAGGAUUCUUGUCAAUGAUGAAUGGAUCACUGGAUUUCCCUCCUCUUUAGCUGUACUUGGGGAACCUGCAUUCUCAGAUCACAGUCCCUGCUGCUUAUCCCUCGACAGUCAUGCACCACAGCGGAAAAAGCCAUUCUAGUUCCUGGUUAUGUUGAAUCAGCACCCUGAUUUCGCCCCUCUCAUCAAGAUUUGGUGGGAUGCAUUAGCUUUCGAUGGAACCAAAAUGUUUGUCAUUGCCAAAAAACUGAAAGCUCUUAAAUCUGUGAUAAGGGAGUUUAGUAAGACCACCUACUCAGGGAUAGAGAAGAGGACUCAAGAGGCGUACCUUCAACUCCUUCACUGUCAAAAUGAACUCCUACCGCUGCCUUCCACUGACUUGAUCAUCUAGGAGAAAGAGGCUCAUAAAGCCUGGUCCCUUCUUGCAAAAGCUGAGGAAUCCUACCUGAGACAGAAAUCACGCAUCUGUUGGUUGGAGGAUGGGGAUACAAACUCAAGAUUCUUCCAUCGCUCCAUCAUUACUAGACAGGGUUUCAAUGAAAUUAUCCUCUUCCUUGAUAACAAUGAUCAGGUAGUAGACUCGAAGCAAGGUAUCCAGUCUCUAGUGGUGGAUUUCUACGAAAACCUCCUAGGCAACCAGACUCAACUCACUACUGCCUCUGUCUCAGAAAUUUCUGAUUUGCUUCCUCAAACAUGCUCUCCAGCCGCUAUACAAACUCUUUUGACCCAUGUAACACCUGAGGAAAUUCGCAGUGUUGUCUUCUCGUUGCCGAAGAACAAAGCUCCGGGCCUGGAUGGCUUUUGUGUCGAAUUUUUCACGUCACAAUGGGACACGGUAGGGAAAUCAGUGGUUGAGGCUGUUCUUGAAUUCUUCAACACUGGAAAGAUGCUCAAACAAUGGAACGCAACAAUUUUGACUCUUGUCCCUAAGGUCCCGAAUGCACAAAGGAUUGGGACGCGGCCGAAAUGAAGGAGCAUGAGUGGGCCGUAUCGGAAGCUUAGGGAACGAAGAGAACGGUGAGGGUGGAGGCUUAGCUGGUGGAGGCUUAGCUGGUGGAGGUUACCAAUCACGGGAAGUCGCCAUGGAGAAGGUGGUAGGUUGGGUUUGGUAGCGGGUCGUUUGAGUAGUCGGUUUAGGAGAAGAAGUGCUAGGAUUGUUGUUAGGGAAAGAGAGAUGAUUAUCAUUUCCAUUCUGUACUUUGAAACUAAAAUCAAAUCUCUCACUCGUUGAUAUAUUUUUGUUACAAUGAAUAAAACAAAACUCUUUUAACUACCACCAGGUGUUUGUUCCACCAUGAGUUAGACAAUAACAAGGUAUUUUUCAACUAUGGAUUUAAAAGAGUUUAAAUCUUUGGAUAAUAUGUUCUUGUUCAACAAUUGAAUUUAAAUAUAUGUAUAUAUAGGACAUGCUAUUUGUAAAUCAUGUUUGUGAGGUUUUAA